AGAAAUAGAAGCAAAAUGGGCAAGCUGGACGUGAAGAUGAUGCGCUACUUGACGCGCGAAGACUUCCGCGUGUUGACAGCUAUCGAGAUGGGUAUGAAAAACCAUGAGCUCGUACCCGGAGCCCUCGCCGCUCAAAUCGCCAAUCUUCGUCACGGCGGACUUCACAAAAUCAUGAAGGACCUGUGCAAGCACCGGCUACUCAGUUACGAGAGCACUAAGCGUUACCAGGGCUAUCGUUUGACCAACACCGGCUACGAUUACCUGGCACUCAAGACACUCGCAGCUCGUGGACUCCUCGACUCGUUUGGCAACCAGAUUGGCGUCGGCAAAGAGUCAAAUAUUUACGUCGUAUCCAAGAAUCGCGUGGAACACUACGUCCUUAAGCUUCACAGAUUAGGCAGGGUUUGUUUCCGUAAUAUAAAAAUCAAACGAGACUACCAUCAACACAGAAAACACAUGUCUUGGCUUUACAUGUCGAGGGUAUCUGCUGCCAAAGAGUUUGCUUUCAUGAAGGCUCUUCACGACAGAGGUUUCAAAGUACCUAAACCAAUCGAUGUUAACAGGCACUGCAUUAUCAUGGAGCUGAUCGAUGGUGUACCGCUAUGUAAUGUCCACGAGGUUGAGAAUGUGGAAAAGUUGUACGAUGAACUGAUGAAUACUAUUUGCAGGCUCGCUUACCAUGGAGUCAUACACGGUGAUUUCAAUGAGUUCAAUAUCAUGCUCAUGGCUGAUGAGACGCCUAUUCUCAUUGACUUUCCACAGAUGAUAUCCACUAAACAUGAAGAUGCAGAACUUCACUUUGAGCGUGAUGUAAAUUGUAUAAGAGAGUUUUUCAGAAGACGCUUCGCUUAUGAAAGCACAACAUAUCCGGAAUUUAAUGAAAUCGUUGGAGAAAAGAAUGCAGAAUACAAAAAGACAUCAAAAGUCAUCUUACAUUCACCUGAGGUGAGCGAUGAUGAAGAUGGAGAAGAUGAAGAAGAAAAUAUGGAAAAGUCCAUUAGUGACUUACAAAGAAAAGUGGAUGAAUUGAAUGUAGGCAUGGAUAAAGAAGUUACUUUGUCUUUUCAAGAAAAAGAAGAAUCUGACAGUGACUCUACAGUUUGCGAUGACAAAGAAACUUUUAAAUUAGAAAAUGAUUUAAUUAAGAAUACAUUUAUACCACCAAAUGGAGAUCAAGAAGUAGAUCGAUCUGUGAAUGAUGAUACAGACUCAUUGAAAAUUCAAGAAUUAGAGCAAGUUUCAUUUGAGUAUAGUGAAUCACAUGAUAGUAAAACAUCGAAUCAAUCUUCCAAUAAAGAUAUUAAGUAUGACCCAGACCAUGUACCUGAUGCCGAACAUGAUUUUAAACAAAUGAUGGCUGAUUUUUAUCUUGACUGUGGUGCAAGUGAUACUUCUCAUUACACGGAAACUAUGUCCAUAGCUUCUACUAUAAUACCAGAAGGUUUGGUGAAAAAAAGAGUCAAAGCAGAUUUAUUGAAACGUGAAAAGAAAACAACAAAAUUGCAGGUUCAGAGGAAACUCAAAAAAUCUGGAGUGCAAAAUAAAAACAGAAGAGACAAUAAAAAUGUUGCUAGAGAAAAUAUUGACGUUUGGGACGAUUUGUAAAAAAAAAGUUUAUUGUGUAAAUUAUCUAAAAAUUACUAAAGUAUCUAUUUAUAAGAUCCUAUGUAAUUUUACAUAUUUUAUAUGUGAUUGUUAUAAAAAUGAAAACAACAUCCAUCUUUAUUGAUUACUUUAAAAAAUUAAUUAUUUCAAGUACUUAUACUCUAAUUUGCCGCAGAUCAAAACAUAUAUUACAAAUUUCAUCAGAUUUAAAACCUUUCUCCUGCAAAAUAUAUAACUGCUGAUAUUUCCUCGUAGCUAUGCAAAACGUACACGAAUUAAAUUUUGUUUGCCAUAAUAAAAAAUUUAUAAAAAAUUCAUCUUGGAGUGAUUUAAAAAAAUAAAUAACAUUCACCAGUACUUGACAUCAACAAUAUUUUUAAUUCGUCGUAAAAAAUAACACCAAGCUAUACUGUUUGUAUAAAUAA